AGCAAGCUUGACUUAAGGAUGUCAGGACGCGGCAAAGGCGGUAAGGGGCUCGGGAAGGGCGGCGCCAAGCGCCACCGCAAGGUCCUGCGCGACAACAUCCAGGGCAUCACCAAGCCCGCCAUCCGGCGCCUGGCCCGGCGCGGCGGCGUCAAGCGCAUCUCUGGUCUCAUCUACGAAGAGACUCGCGGGGUGCUGAAGGUAUUCCUGGAGAAUGUGAUCCGAGACGCUGUCACCUACACAGAGCACGCCAAGCGCAAGACAGUCACCGCUAUGGACGUUGUCUACGCGCUCAAGCGUCAGGGUCGCACCCUCUACGGCUUCGGGGGCUGAGACCGAACCCGCAAGCUCGCUUUCUGCAGCAAAACCAAAGGCCCUUUUCAGGGCCACCUAUUCUUUCACUUAAAAGAGUCUGUCAGUGUAUGUAUUUAUACGUUCGACUUUGUUUCGUGGUGUCUUGUUUU